AAGCAAGAUAGUGAAAGGGUGGGAGAGGGACUCAAUGCCCCCUUUGAACCAAGCUCACGGGAUUGUUGUCAGUAGGUAUCUUUCAUAUGUACUACACGUUGCUCCAGAAAGUUAGAGAGAGAAAGCAGCAAAGUAAUAAUAAUAAUAUUGCAUUUGCAGUUUAUUUUUGUAGGAUAAUACUAACAAUAUAGAACAUAGAAAGAGAGAGAGAGAGAGAGUUGUUGAAGUGUGAAGGGAAGGGAAUUCGGCGGUCUUUCUCUUUUUUGAAUUCAAGAUCAGAUAAGAAGGUGUUGUCUUGGGUUUUGGAGGCUUUUCCCUAUGAUUAUUGUCACUUUUUUCAUAGGAUUUCACCAUUGUGCUUUGUCUGUAAUUCUUGUCUCUUUACCCAAGGUUCUUCACGAGGUCCUGUCAGAGGUUUAUUUUCAAAAAUCGUUCCAUCUUUAUCCGUUUUUCCACUCACUUACUCUAAUUUUAAGGUUUGUUGUUUAUUAAUCUUUUCAGCCAUACACACUCUCAUCACUUCUCUUCUGUUAGAUUCUUUAAACUUUACACUCUCUCUUUUGCACUAAACUCCACUGCUUUCUUUGUCCCUCCAUUUUUAAAACCAAGAUUUUUUCAUUUUCGUUUUCUUUUUCACCCUGUCCCUGGUAUAUUCAAACAACAUCUGGCUUCACUCGGUUGCUACAUUUGUUCACUUCCACGCAAACCCCUCUUAUCUUUAGCCACAAGAGGCAAACUUUCGGUUACCCUUUGCCACCGCUUCUCAUUCCAGAUCGUGACUGAACAAAAGUUGUCAAGUUAUUAUUAUGGGAAAAGCUAGCAGGUGGUUCAAGGGUUUGUUGGGGAUGAAGAAGGAGAAGGAUCACAGCGACAAUUCAGGCUCGCUGGCUCCCGACAAGAAGGAGAAGAAAAGGUGGAGUUUUGCCAAGCAAGGGAAGGAUGUGCCAUCUUCGGUUCCUGCCACUGAUAACACCUGGCUCAGAUCCUACAUUGCUGAUACAGAGAAUGAGCAGAAUAAACAUGCAAUUGCCGUUGCCGCUGCCACUGCCGCCGCCGCCGAUGCUGCCGUGGCUGCCGCUCAGGCUGCCGUGGCGGUUGUGAGGCUGACAAGCCAGGGCAGAGGUGCAUUGUUCAGUGGAAGCAGGGAGAAGUGGGCUGCCGUGAAGAUCCAAACUUUUUUUAGAGGCUACUUGGCACGGAAGGCUCUUAGAGCACUGAAAGGAUUGGUUAAGAUACAGGCUCUUGUUAGAGGGUACUUGGUUAGAAAGAGGGCUGCUGCAACUCUUCACAGUAUGCAAGCUCUAAUAAGAGCUCAAACUGCUGUCAGAUCACAGCGAGCUCGUCGUUCCUUGAGCAAAGAAAGCAGAUUUCUACCUGAAGUUCUUGCAAGAAAAUCUGUGGAACGAUUUGAUGAAACAAGGAGUGAAUCACACAGUAAAAGGCUACCUACAUCCUACGAAACAUCCUUGAAUGCUUUUGAUGAGAGCCCCAAGAUUGUUGAAAUUGACACAUACAAGACUCGAUCAAGGUCUAGGCGCUUUACCUCUACAAUGUCUGAGUGUGGAGAAGACAUGUCCUGUCAGGCAAUGUCAUCCCCUCUACCUUGUCAUGUCCCUGGUCGAAUCUCGGUUCCUGAUUGCAGACACCUUCAAGAUUUUGAUUGGUACUUCAACGUUGAUGAGUGUAGAUUCUCCACUGCUCAUAGCACACCACGUUUCACAAACUACGCCCGUCCCAAUGCUCCAGCCACACCAGCCAAGAGUGUUUGUGGAGACACCUUCUUCAGACCUUGUUCCAAUUUCCCGAACUACAUGGCCAAUACUCAGUCAUUCAAGGCAAAACUAAGGUCUCACAGUGCUCCAAAACAAAGACCUGAACCCAAGAAAAGGCUCUCACUCAAUGAAGUGAUGGCAGCAAGAAACAGCAUAAGCAGUGUUAGAAUGCAAAGGCCAUCAUCCAAUUUCUUCCAGACUCAAGACUCCUGGAAUUUUUGACAGUCACAGCUGCACAAUCACAAGGAAAAUUUGAGAGGCAAUUGGACACUAAAUGAUGUUAGUAAUAUCUAGAAUUUGUGCUUACAGCUUAUAAAUUCAGAGACGAAAUUCUCAAUUCUGCUUGUGUACAUUCUUUUAAUUAAAGAGUUUCUUUUUUCAAUCAUGUUGUACCAAAUGAUUUACAUCUAGUAAAGAAUUUGGCUUGAUAA